AAGCCAAGAAACAAGCUGGGCAGCUCUGGCAGAGAGGAGUGUCAGACAGCUGUUGUCAACAGGCACCUGGCCAGAGUGAAAAGGAGGAGCAGAUUCCAUCCAAGUCCCAGCGGCGCCAGCUGACACUCUCUGCCAAUGCCCAGGUGCUGAGCGACAGUGUCCCACCGGUCCCUGUGCCCAGAAUGGCCUGCACCAAGACCCUGCAGCAGUCCCAGCCCAUCUCCACAGGAGCCACCACAGCCACCACCGCUGUGGCCCCUGCUGGGGGUCAUUGUGGCUCCACAGGAUGUGACCUGGAGUGUCUGGUGUGCCGGGAGCCCUACAGCUGUCCCCGGUUGCCCAAGCUGCUGGCCUGCCAGCAUGCCUUCUGCGCCAUCUGCCUGAAGCUCCUGCUGUGCGUGCAGGACAACACCUGGUCCAUCACCUGCCCGCUGUGCCGCAAGGUCACCGCCGUCCCCGGGGGCCUCAUCUGCAGCCUGCGAGACCAUGAAGCAGUGGUGGGGCAGUUGGCCCAGCCAUGCACAGAGGUAUCGCUCUGUCCUCAGGGGCUGGCGGAUCCUGCCGACUUGGCAGCAGGACACCCCAGCUUGGUGGGAGAGGAUGGACAGGAUGAAGUAAGUGCAAACCACGUGGCAGCCCGGCGCCUGGCCGCACACCUACUCCUGCUGGCCUUGCUCAUUAUCCUCAUCGGGCCCUUCAUCUACCCGGGUGUCUUACGAUGGGUGCUCACCUUCAUCAUCGCCCUGGCCCUGCUGAUGUCCACCCUCUUCUGCUGUCUCCCCAGCACCCGGGGCAGCUGCUGGCCCUCCUCCAGGACUCUCUUCUGCAGAGAGCAGAAACACAGCCACAUCUCUUCCAUUGCCUGAGUGCCCUCUGAUGAGGCUGUCCUUGCAGCCCUUUCUGCCCUUGGGUCCCCAGACUUCCAUGAUGAACAGGGUAAGGGGUUACGGACUAAGACUGGCUCCUUUGGGAAAUCACAUGCCCGCGGGACUUGCAAGCCACAACCGAGAUGGCCAGCCUGGGUCAAGAAUUACACGCUUGGAUGACAGGCUUGCACUUGCCCUUGGGCUAGCACAGCUAAAUUGUUGGGGGCUAGGGGAGCAGACACAAACUACUUGAACACAACAAGAUGGGGGAAGCUCCUGUUCCUCUUAUUCCAAUGUUCCUGGUUUUUAUUUAUAUAACUUCAUGAAAGUAUUGCAGUAGUGAUGCUAUUGUAGAAUAGAACUGGAAUUCCAUUUUUUUUGCAA